AUGGCAGAGUCCACCACAACCUCUAAAUUGCCGAGAUCAUCCUCAAGCUAUGGUGGCCAGUCUUCACCAUCCGCUGCUCUUGAGGCGAUAGGCGCGCGACCAAGAUUGUCGCAACGGCGGCCGACCAAACCGGCGUCAUAUGAGCUGGCCAACCAUGCCAAAGCCUAUUUGGAGGGUGGCAAGGUUGCCAGUGGCUUCGAGUUUCUCUAUAGCCUUCUCGCCGCGGGCACCUCCAUCUCCACACCAGCACAACCUUAUAUUGGCUUCCUUGCGCCUCCUGCAUAUAUAGCCUUCGCUUCAUCAGUCGUCGUCGACCCUCUCUACACUACUCAAGCACUGUCUUCAGAUGCGCGAAACGGGGCAGAUGCCGCAUUACGAUAUCUCCAGUGCGUCCAAACAACCAUCGACGAUCCUGUAUAUCCAACAAUACGACAAGCUUUCAAAUUUCCUGAAGAGCGCAGACGCAGACGAGGGCCAGGAUUCAGAAGCGAGGCCAACAGCCUUUCCCCUGGAGAACCUGGUGGCGAUAUUGAGCAACUAGCUGGCCCAUCUGCAAACGAGAAGAGUCUAUGGCGCAAUGCGGAGGAUUUCUGGCACAUCACAGGCUGGGCUUUCAACUGUUCGAUAACCCACAAGAAACGAUGGGAUCGCUGGAAAAUAUGGAUGGGCAUUAUGCUCGAUUUCCUCGAGGCUGACUGGGAGGCUUGUAUCAAGGAGAGUACGGAUGCCGCGGAUCCUGUAGCUACCGCACAAAAGUGUCUUGUGUGGAGUUACAUUGUAGGGGACACGGAGGCUGUGAAUCGCAGUACAAGGCGUAGAAUCGUCAAGGCCAUACUCGCGACAGCAUCCCCAGAGUCCCAAAAGGACUAUCCGGAAAUCUGGCAACAGGAGACAUACGCGGUGAGACAAAAAGCGCAAAAGGAUGGCCCAGUUGGCAAGAUUGACUUCGAAACCGGCGACAUUGGCGAUUACGCCAGCGAUGACGAGAUGCAGGAUAUACUGGAGGCACCUGACUACGAAGAUGAGUUGCUAAUGUCAAAUACAAGUGCAUAUGGCGAGAGCAUCCGCAAUGUCGUUGACGCAUGCGAGCGACUUGGUGGACAAGACGCGAUUGAGUUGCGCCAACGCCUCAUCACUCUGCUUGCGCAAGUUGCUCUAGCACUACCAGCACAAUUCACCACCCUCAGCGACUUCUUCGACAACAUCCUAGAAGACGUCAUUCAGCUUCCCAUCUUCAUGUUCUACAUCCUGAUAACAACCAUGACCGUUCCAGGUCGCGUCAAAGUUGCCUUUCUUGCCAACCUUCUCCUGCCGCUUGUCAGUGGCUCUGUACCUGACUACUUUCGAUUCGAGCCUGCACCAGAUCACCUCGAGACAAAGCUACUGCUCUUCAAAGCAAGCACACAAAGUUUUGCAGCCAAUACAAAGAUAUCGCUCAUACUUGAGCAGAUAUUCAUCUAUACGAUGGACUGCGACACCCUCACACCCACCAAGAAGCUACGCAAAGCCAUGGAAGAUGGCAUCAAAGCAAGGGAAAGUGUAUAUGGUACUGGCAAGGGUAAAAAGGGCAAUGCAGAGGAAGAAAUGCAAGCAAAAGAACUAAUGGAAGCUUCAUCGAAUAGGCUGCUCGGGUUACUGGAGAUGUUGGAAAUGUCGCCUAGGAAGCAAACGCGCUUGGGAAUUGCGAAGAGGCAGAAAGGCGAGGCUCCUGCAACGGCAUCAUUUUCUUCGGGGUCUUCGCUCUCGUCAGCGCCAAAAAGCGAGACUGAUGUUUGA